AUGGACAACGUCGUCGAACUGCGAUGUGCCGAUGGCACAACGCUAAUGACAACAAAGGAGACUCUAGCUCGUGCUCCUUACUCCAAGCUCAAUACAGAUGAAACGUCGACGACCACAUCCGACGCCAAAAUGUUGGCCAUUAUGCUGGAUACGUUGAGACGCGACGAUCAACGCCUAGUUGUGCCAGACGACUUUAACGAUUGGGGGAAGUUGGCCAACGAAGCCCGACGGUUGGGUUUAUCUCAAAUAGCUGAGCUAGCGUCACCUUGCACUAUUUGUGUGGCAUGCCAUGUUGCUUUGUCUGCUGGACGACUUAAUCCGGAAGUCACCUUUCGAAAAUUGUCACGUAUUGUCAUUUCCGGCAAACUAAGUGUGUGUCGUGCAGUAUUCGGAUCAAACCUUAACGAAACUCGCGAUGGUGGUGGUACAGACUUCGAUCAGGAU